AGUUUUCAGUGCCCCUAGGUGGGCAGGAGCCGAAGCCUGGGUGCUGCCUGCCCUCCUGCCUUCAUUUCCCAUCGUGCUGAGGCGGGUGGUAUGGCGGAGAAGGAUGACACCGGAGUUUGACGAAGAGGUGGUUUUUGAGAAUUCUCCACUUUACCAGUACUUACAAGAUUUGGGACACACAGAUUUUGAAAUAUGUUCUUCUUUGUCACCAAAACCAGAAACAACAACAGAGGGACCUCAGCCUCCUCCCGCCAGAGUCCUACAGAAACAAGGCAUCCUGUUGAAACUGACAGAAACCAUCAAGAGUUGGACUUUUUCUUCUCAGUACAGUAAGAAAGAUGACUUACUCCAUAAGUUGUGAAAAAUAAAACCACACCUGUCAACACUAAGGAGAGAUUGGAUUGUUGUUUCUUCCUGGAUUCUACUUUGAAAAUAAAUACCUGUAGCUGGAACUGUAUCAAACGUAGCAUUAAUGAAGUACUACGUAUGUAUUAAUACUUCUCGUCCUGUGUUUUGAUGGCAAGGACAACGGAUUUCGACUGGACUCGUUGCACACCAUCCUGCAACAGGAAGUCCUUCUACAAGAGGAUGUGGAGCUGAUUGAGCUGCUUGAUCCCAGCAUCCUGUCUGCAGGGCAACCUCAACAGGAAAAUGGACACCUUCCAACACUCUGCUCCCUGGCAACCCCUAAUAUUUGGGAUAUCUCCAUGCUGUUUGCCUUCAUUAGUUUGCUCAUCAUGUUUCCCACAUUGUGGAUUGUGUCUUCCUGGCUGGUAUGGGGAAUAAUUCUGUUUCUUUACUUGAUCAUACGAGUUUUGAAAUUAUGGAGGACAGCCCAACUGCAAAUGACUCUGAAAAAAUAUAGGGUCCGUUUGGAAGACAUGACAGCCAAUAGCCGAGCCUUCACUAACCUUGUGAGAAAAUCACUGCGUCUCAUCCAAGAAACUGAAGUCAUUUCCAGGGGAUUUACUCUGGUCAGUGCCGCUUGCUCAUUUAAUAAGGCUGCACAGCAUCCCGGCCAGCAUCUUACCGGCCUUCGGAAAGCCGUCUACAGGACCGUCAGAGCCAACUUUCAAGCUGCAAGGCUAGCUACCCUGUACAUGCUGAAAAACUACCCCCUGAACUCUGAGAGUGACAAUGUCACCAACUACAUCUGUGUGGUACCUUUUAAGGAGCUGGGGCUUGGACUCAGUGAAGACCAGAUCUCAGAAGAGGAAGCCCAUAACCUGACAGAUGGCUUCAGCCUGCCAGCCUUGAAGGUUUUGUUCCAGCUCUGGGUAGCACAGAGUUCAGAGUUCUUCAGACGCCUAGCCCUGUUACUUUCUACAGUGAAUUCGCCUUCAGGGUCCUUACUCACUGCUGCACUUCUGCCUCAUCGUAUUCUCUGUGAUGUGACUCAAGGUCUACCUCAUGCUCAUUCUGCCUGCUUGGAAGAGCUAAGGCGCAGCUAUGAGUUCUUUCGCUACUUUGAAACUCAGCACCAGUCAGUCCCCCAGCGUUUAUCCAAAACCCAGCAGAAGUCAAGAGAGCUGAAUAAUGUCCACACAGCAGUGCGCAGCUUACAGCUCCAUCUGAAAGCACUGCUGAAUGAAGUAAUAAUUCUUGAAGAUGAACUUGAAAAGCUUGUUUGUACUAAAGAAACACAAGAGCUGCUGUCAGAGGCUUACCCAGUACUAGAGCAGAAAUUAAAACUGAUCGAGCCACACGUUCAGGCCAGCAACAGCUGCUGGGAAGAAGCCAUUUCUCAAGUGGAUAAACUGCUCCGGAGGAAUACAGAUAAAAAAGGCAAGCCUGGAGUAGCGUGUGAGAACCCACACUGCACUGCGGCGCCCUUGUUGCGGCCUACUCUUCACAUUGAGGACAGAGACCCCAUCCCUGAGGAGCAGGAAUUAGAAGCUUAUGUGGACGACACAGACAUAGAAAGUGAGUUCCGAAAGGACGAUCUGUAUCACUUGUCUCAGGAAGACAAAGAGAGACAGAAGCGUGAGCAGGAAGAGUCCAGAAGGGUGCUGCAGGAGCUAAAAUCUGUGCUGGGAUUUAAAGCUUCAGAGGCAGAAAGGCAGAAAUGGAAGCAGCUGCUGUUCAGUGACCACGCUGUGUUGAAAUCCUUGUCUCCUGUAGACCCAAUGGAAUCUGUAAGUAAUUCAGAAACACCCAUGAAUUCAGAUACAGAAAAGGUCGAUAGUAACGCUACUGAAGAGGAGACUAGUCAGCCCAGUGCCAGCGACAAGGAAGACAGUAGGACUGAGUAUGUGUGCGAUGGCCCUCCACAGGGGCAAAGCAAAGACACCUCUGCAGACGAAGGCCCCCUCCGAGGAGCCGAGGAAACAGUGUGCUACCAGUGUGAGAGUGAGGCUGAGUCUCCUCAAGUCGCUGCUGCGGGGGCCACCGCCCCGACUCCCAGGGACUCACUCGAGCUCUCCAUUAAGCAGAGGCUGGCUCGACUCCAGUUGUCACCAGAAUUCACCUUCACUGCUGGCCUGGCUAAAGAAGUGGCCGCCAGGUCUCUGUCCUUUACCACCAUGCAGGAACAGACUUUUGGCGACGAGGAGGAAGAACAGCUAGUUGAAGGAGGUGAAAAUGAGGUGGAGGAAAAAUAAAAGCCAAGAUGAAGUGAUUUCCUUGAUUGUUCCUUUUACAAAAGUGUUCUAGCUGCAAGACUGGGAAGGGAAAUGAGUGUGUGUUUACUCUCUAUAGAGCUACUGCGCGAAUUUACAGGGUGAAUACUGAAUCGAAAACCUGACCUGAAAUUAGUAGAUACCUGUAUAGGCAGAUCCUUUAGACAUAGGAGAGAAAGGGCUGUUUUAUUUGUGGCAAACCUGAUAAUCUUGGCAAAUCUUUAAGUACUUUUAAUAAGAAAUGAAUUUAUCAUUUUUUGCCAAAACUUUGCUGCCACGAGGUAACUAGGAUGAUUCUCUUGCAGAGCGUAAACAUUUAGAAUGAGCCCUUUCUACUGUGUCUUUGCAGGGGUAACUGCAGUGGUCGUGUUAAUACAUUGUUCGUAUUUUAUUUUGUUUAUACCGCUCUUAAAACAAAGAUACAGGUUCUAAAUAAAAGUAUUUAAUUGCUACAAUUGAUGUGUGCUGGGGUUUGGAACUUCAGGUAGUUUGAAGGUUGUCUGGGCUGUAGCAUCUCUCCUCCGUUCCCUUGUUCAUGUGUGCUCAUUUCAAGGCGCCAUGCAGUUAAAAGGAAAAUAGCACGCCCUCUUAGAAAACGCCCUUUUAGGGGCUUUGUUCUCUCCUGCUAUAACUCAAAGACCCGAUGAUGUCCAAGUGUUGUCGCUACAGCAAAGGCCCCAGCCCCAGCCCUGCAGAAACGAACUUACAUCAGUUUACUUCGAGACAACUGUGCCUCUGCUGUAAGUAGGUCCUGUGCUGUCUCUAGCCUGGCCUGUCUUACUAAGACUCAGGAAACACGUCAGCUAUCUUGGGAAGUAUCCUUGUCCCUUUGUGUUUCGUUGUGAACACUUCUUGAGAUGCUUUCCAUAGACCAGUCUUGUCUGCUUUCUGCUGGAAUUCUGUUUUCAAUGACAUUUUCAGGAAUAUUCUCCUUCUGAAACCUGUUGCUACUGUGCACUCACAGAGUUUAUAGGCAUUAUUUUGUGAGGAAUGUAGAAAAAAAAAAAAAACUCAAUUUAUGCUGCUGUUUCAGGAGGAAGGUGUAUGACUUCCUGGAACUUACUGCUUUUAGUGAGGAAGUUUACUUCUUCUCAAGGUGUGUUGUUGUUUUAGUAACUAUUUCUAAUCCUGAGGAAAUCUUCUACUUUGUAUAAAUAGACUUUGUACUGUUAUUGAUUUUACCUUUU